GUGCAGUUUGGAAACAAGGUGAGGCACGAGGCAGAGGAAGGGUCUGUGAGCGUCACACAGAGCCGAGCAUCGCAUUGGCUGUGGAGGCAGGAAGGUGAGCGCUGCUCUACAUGUGCUGCUGCUGUGGCUGUCUGAGAGCGACAGUCAGUCAGUCAGUCGCUCACCUGCCGUCAGUGUUUCUCCGGUCAUGGACUAGUGGAGCACGUUAGUUUGGCACAUGACGGAGAGGAACGGGAACCUCGGUUGUUUUUCCAAGCCAAAGGACUGCUAUCUACCUCGCUGCCUUCGCGACCACUGUAGCGUAGCUUAAGAGCCGUUCGUUAUUUAUGUUUAUUUAUAUUUAUUUAUAACGCGCGCGUUUCGUAUUUACAUUGCACUGAAUUUCGCGCCCGGAUGCUUUUACAUCAGUUCGUGAAUGGGACGCUGGAAACCAUGUAUCCCAGUAUUCAGAAAGACACGACUUUCACCAAGAUCUUCGUCGGCGGGUUACCGUAUCACACCACGGACGCGUCGCUGCGAAAACACUUCGAGACUUUCGGCGACAUCGAUGAAGCCGUGGUGAUAACGGACCGGCAGACGGGGAAAUCCAGAGGAUACGGCUUUGUGACUAUGUCAGAUAAAAGUGCAGCUGAGAGAGCUUGUAAAGAUCCCAACCCUAUUAUUGAUGGACGCAAAGCUAAUGUCAACCUGGCGUACCUCGGGGCCAAACCACGCAGCCCACUGACAGGAUACUCGACUGGAGUACAGCAGGUUCAUCCAGCCCUGAUCCAGAGGCAGUAUGGACUCAGCCAGCCGUAUGUUUACCCUCAGGCCUUCCUGCAACCCAGUCUGGUUCUGCCCGCACAGGUCACCUCCAGCGCCACGACCCCUUACCUUGACUUCAGCACUGCCUACGCUCAGUAUGCCUCCUCAGCCUUCGAGCAGUAUCCCUACGGCCCCUCGCCAGGCUUCCUGAGCUACAUGUACCCUCCAGGCACCCCCGGGCCCUCCUCCGCCACAAACACCCCGGUCCCCACAGCCCUCCCCUCCAUCGGAGGCGCCCCCAGCACAGCCUUCAUCCAGAUCCCUGCUCAUCAGCUCCACGCCGACCGCCUGUAGAUCAGGCCACAGGGACCCACUGAACUCCGUUUUGGUCUGCUGAAAGGACAAAAGAAAGAGUAUUGUGACAGAUGUCGGUGGUUGCUUUUGGUAUCACUCCACAAAUGACACUACAGGACAAAAUGCCAGCAGGAAAACUUGACUGAUGGGACGUUCGAACAGCACACGUUGACAUAUUGCCAGGACAAUCUGUUUGUUUUCACAAAAACAGUGUUGUCAUUAAUCUGCCCUGAGACAUUCAACUCAAAAUAAGAAAAUACCUUACAGUGAAAGCCAUAAGACCAGAACAUGCAAAACAUGUAAUAAAGUCAAUUUGCAAAAACUGA